AUGUGGAGAAGCAACCUCAAGGAGCAGUGGGGGCUCCUGCUGCCUUCCCAGGGACCACCCCACCACCACCACCGACUCCACUGGGUCCUCUGUCCCUGCAAAGUCUCAACUCGUGUCCAUCACACCGGCUCCAGGCCAGAACUGCUUCCCAGAUUGCACAGGUGGCACCCGCAGGCCACACUGGCCACACCUGACCAGCCCUACUGUCCACUCAGCGCCCAGGGCAUCUGUGCCAGAGAGCACGAGCCCCAGGCACAGAGCCGGGCAAGCGGUUGCCCUUUUGUGCUAGACUCCUGGAGACAGCACGGGGAGGUGGGGCUGGGGCUGGGGGCAGGGGUCCAAGGCCCUGCUGUGGGCACAUGA